CUGCGGGGACGGAACCACUGCUCCCCGGAUUCCCAUGAAAAAGGGCCCUUUAGGCCUCGGAUGUUUGUUGAAGUCACCCGGCGCACUUCAAAACCGACGUCCAGGUGUCAACCGAGACUGCGUGUGGCCCGAACUUUGGAAGUUUGAUGAGCCCGGGAGACGGCAAUCCGCCGGAGUGUGAGAAUCUCCUGUUUACCGGCCCUGCGAGGCCGGGCGCAGUGAGCAACGCGCGCCACUGGGUGGCGCUGCCCACUCGGCCGGCGCUUCGGGAGGCGUGGGCCGCUGCGCGCACCUGACCUGCCUCCGCCAGGCUGGCCGCGGGGCAUGCAGCCGGCCGGGGGCGGGGCUCCGAGGCCGGGUCGCGGUGACCGGCUCCCGGGCUGCCUCCGCCAGCGGGACCCCGCCAGCCUCCCGAUGCUGCUUGUGGACGCCGACCGGCCGGAGCCCAUGCGCAGCGGGGCUCGCGAGCUUGCGCUCGUCCUGACCCCCGAGCCCGGGGCCGAGAUCAGGAGCGACACUUCGCAGAUCUUGGAGGAAAACAUCCCUCUCCUUAAGGCCAAGGUGGUGGAAAUGCGUGGCAUCUACGCCCAAGUGGACCGGCUGGAGGCCUUCGUCAAGAUGGUGGGACACCACGUCUCCUUCCUGGAGGACCAUGUGCUCCGGGCCGAGCAGCGCCACGGAGCCUUCUCACAGGCCCUGCGGAGGUGGGGGUGGCCGGGCUCCAGACGGCUCCCCUCCUUCAGGAACAACCUGCCUAGGCCGGCGUCCCCGCCGUUUGAGCUGCCCGCGUUGUACAGGACUGAGGACUACUUUCCUGCGGACGCCGGGGAGGCGGCGCCCCAGGCCCCCCGCUGCCGCGGCCGCCUGUGAGCUGGUGGGAGUGACCCUCUGUGUGCGGGGCAGCCCCGGUUUCUUCUAUUUUUGUUGUCAUCGAUUUGUUUGCUGAAUUUCCCCCCCUGCUUCACGCGAGACCGAGGUGUCUGGAGAAGCAGCUGGACCUGCGUGGCGAUGCCUCCCGGAGGAGCUGCUGAAGGCUUUGUCCUCCGGUGGUUGGCGGUCAGGUGUGACGGCUGCUGUGCCCGAGGGGCAGCGGGACUUGCUCUCUGGGGGGUUUUGCCCGGGAAUAUGGGGGACUCACUGGGUGCACAGGGCUGUGGCUCAUGUCCCUCACUGUUGGCUGGCUUGUUGCGAACCCAGUGCCCCCUGGGGCACGUGAAUCAUGUCAAUAAAGGUGUCAAGAGGUCACGUGUGGUCUGGGCGUGGGAACGGGGUCGGACGGGUGACGGUUCCUGUAAGGCUGCUCCUGCCACCUGGGCGAGCCCGCCCCAAAUCUCCGACGCAGCCCCGGCCACACCUGCCGGGCGCCACUCGGCCCUCAGACCCCAGCAGCCCGCGGAGGUGCAGUGUCAGGACUUCGUCUGCAAAGGUGUGUUUGCUCCCAUUUCUUCUCAUGCAGGUGAGUUUCCUGCUAUUACCCUGAAAGUCCACACGUUAGUCAUGUUUCUCGUUUUUCUAGAAUUUCUCAGAGAGCCAAGGGAACACACACACACACACACACACGCACACACACGCAGACCUGCACUGGAAUUUCAAGGAAAUUUAACUUAGUGAAUCAGGUGAGAUAGCAGAAAAGGAAAAAGUUGAGACUUGCCAAUUUUAGGGUAAUUUUUGGAAUUAAACGAUAAAGGUGGACCCCUUGUUUCAAGAAGAGCUGAUGUUUUUCUGUGGAGGCAGUUUUUGUAAACCUCUGUGAUUUUUUUAUUAAAAAUGUUUAUAAAUUAUGUUAAACUAUGGAAGUCUAGCGGACAUAGAGGAAGGUGCCCCUUCGCGCAUGGUUCACUGGGGUUUCACAUCUGUUCCCCUCCCCCAGGUGGAGAAACAAGCAAGCUUGGUCCACGUCCCGGCCCCGCCCCCCCUCCUCCCCGGCCCCCUGCGCCAGCCCCACCGAUGCCUCGCGGUGCAGACGGGGCUGCAGCCUGUCCUCUGGGCUGCAGGGCGACGAGGAUGCGCACGCUGUGUCCUCUGUGUCUGGCUCCCGGCUGACACUGCCUGUGGGAGGCGUCCCUGUGCAGCUGCGAUCGCUGAUGCUCGUGGCUGCGUCGGAUCGAUCGGACUGUUAGUAAUGGAGGAAGCUUAGACACUCGCUGUGCCCCAGCCUGCUCGGGGACAGCACGGAUUCGAUGGACAGUUCAUUUUUCAGACACCACCUCCCAGAAGGCUGAGUCUGUGUUGAUCGCUGGGGAGGCCCAGGCUUCUUUCUCCUUCCAGAGCCUGAACCAGGUGACAGGGAGGGUGACGGGCACUGCCAGUGGCCAAGCCAGAGCACCUUCAGUGGCCUAGAAUAGAGACCCACAGCACCGAGGCUAAGAGCUUAUGGGCUCUGAGUGGCACCAUCAUCUCCUUAUGCCUCAGCUGUGUGACCCCGGGCUAGUGCAGUGAUGGCGAACCUACGACACGCGUGUCAGAGCUGACACACGAACUCAUUUUUUUGGUUGAUUUUUCUUUGUUAAAUGGCAUUUAAAUAUAUAAAAUAAAU